AUGACCAGCACAAUCGGUAUACCAAUAAAGCUUCUCAAUGAGGCUCAGAACCAUGUCAUAACCCUCGAGAUCACAUCUGGCCAAGUCUACCGGGGCAAGCUCAUCGAAGCCGAAGACAACAUGAACGUGCAGCUCAAAGACAUCACCGUUACCGCGCGUGACGGUCGAGUUAGCCAUCUAGAUCAGGUGUACAUACGGGGAAGCCAUGUAAGAUUUUUUAUCGUGCCGGAUAUGUUGAGGAAUGCGCCCAUGAAGGAAGGUCAUCCGAUACCCAUGGAGAAUGGCAUAAAACGUUUGCGAUCCGUCAUGAAAUUGCAGGGUUGGGCAUCGACUCCUCUUCCAGGAGGGGGCGUGGACGCUCAGAAAAGCGCCAAGAUGUAUCAAGGCGACACUCGAUACCCAGGAGCACAAGAUCAAUCCUGA